AUGGAGAAGAAGAAAGUGGUCGUAGAUCACUAUAGGGUUCUGGGUUUACCAUCUGGUGAGGAAGGCAGCAAGCUUAACAAGAAAGAGAUUACAGAGGCAUACAGAGCAAAGGCUUUGCAGUUGCAUCCAGACAAGAGGCCAAACGAUCCCAAUGCCAAGGUCAAGUUUCAAAAGCUCAACUCAUCCUAUGAGAUACUCAUGGAUCCAAAAGCCCGGAAACAGCCGUUAUUUUUUCUGUUUGCGACUGAUGAAAUUUGCUUGCGUAAAGAUUCAGUCCACUCGAUGUUGGUUCGAGUAGGCAACUUUUUUAAACACAAGCCCCCUGAGGCUGCCAACAAUCAAGAAUCACAAGGAGACGAUCAUGAAGAUAUUGAGGAUUGGGUGAUCGUUUAG